AUGGCGGUUCCCACAGGCCGUCUCCAUGACACACCACCUCUGCCCAGCCCAGCGUCGCCGGCAGCGUUCGUGCCGCUUAUCAGCGCUUCGCUAGAAGCCACUUACCAUGACGUGCCAGUUCCUCCGCCAGAGGGCAUGGAACUGUUUGAGCUCGCCGUGAGCGGGCCCGUGGGGGAGCGUGUCAACCUCGCGUUCUUUGCUGAUGGAUACACCCUUACUGAGCGCGACAAGUUUGUGGAGGACGCGCGCAAGCUCACCGACGACAUUGUGCGUACUGGCCCCAUGGUCCACGUCGCCGACCUCGUCAACGUCUUCGGCGUGUUUGUGCCAUCGGAAAAGUCCGGCCUGGGUCAAGACAAGCCGCUUGCCGGAUCGCCGUUUGGCUUGUUCCGGUCUGGUUCGGAACUGCGUGGUGUGUACGUUGCGUUCCAGGACACUGCUCGCGCGGCGUGCAAGUACUGGAACGAGGCCGAGAAAGGCGGCUGCGACCAAGCGAUUCUGCUCGGCAACGACGGGCUAUACGGUGGCCUGGGUGGCGAGUUUACGGUCAUCACGGCGUCGCCCUUGAAUGGACCACUGGUGCUGCGACACGAGUUGGGUCACAGCCUUAUCCCCGUUGGAGAGGAGUAUGAAGGAGGUACGUGGGGAGUGGAGAACCUCGACCAACUCAAGUGGGCACACCACCUCUCCGAGCCCAACAAGCUCCGCGUUGAGUCUGUCCACGUCCCGCUGCAGGCGUACCCAUGGCACAACCUCGACGAGGGUCGUUGGUCAGCGACCUUCACGGCCAGCAACGUGACUGGCAAAAAGGGGACUACCGGGAUGCUCCGCACCUCCUUGUCGUCUAUCCCAUACCCAUCCCACGUCCGCAUCACGCUUCAAGGCAAGGACCUUGACCUCAAGAGUGCCUUCCCUCCGGCACCAUGGAAGGGCUCGUUUGACCGUCGCUGGCUGGAGGUGGCUCUGCCCCAUGGUCUUGCCGAAGACAUACCGUUCACCAUUGUCGUUGAGCUCACCAAGGAAGGGCGCAAGGCCAAAGCUGGGCAAGGCGGCAAAAUGGUCACCAGUGUGGAGAUUAUCGAGUAUGGCAAGAACUGCAACGUUGAGCCGGGGUUCAUUGGCGCUUUUCCAACGUACUCGGAGACUGGAUCUGUGACGUUGCGACCUACAAACGAAGGGUGCCUAAUGCGCAACGUCAAUUAUCCAAACUUUUGCCUUGACGUUCCGAUUCAGAAGCGACUUGUUGAGAUUGUUAAGCGCAGCCGCGGUGCCAAGCUCGACUCGCCUCGUAACAUGAUUGGCACCUACGUCCCAGACAUGUUAGUUGUUCUGCGCAUCGACUCCAAGCCGCCACAGUUCCCACACAUUCUCGUAUCUUUGGUCGGCGAGCUCAAGGUUACCCCCAUCACAUACUGA